AUGCCGGCGAGCGUGCAGGCCUGCCACUCCCGCCGGCUAGUGGACCUGUUUGUGCGUCACGCCAUCCCCAUGCUGGAGCUGAUGUUGAAGCAGCAGAAGGACGAAGUGCUGACGAUUCUCAAGAACUUCCAGCUGAGCGCCCGUUACCUGCACCACGUGUGCAACCACUCCAAGGGAAUCAAGGACGCGUCGCUGAUGAACCACGUGCCGUUCCUGAAGAAGGGCCUCGAGUCGUUCGUGUUCCGUGUCAAAGCCAUGUUGGCGUUGAACGGCUGCACGGACGCCUUCUGGAUGGGCAACCUGAAGAACCGCGACCUGCACGGCGAGGAGAUCCUCUCUCAGUCGCAGCGGACGGUCGCCGAGUCCGGCGACGACGAGGAAGAGCAGGAGGAGGAGGGCGCCGCCGACGAGUCGGACGUGGACCUGGACGCCGAGGACGAGCGCUCCGGCUCGCCCGACCGUCCCGCCCCGGCAGCCGAUCAGCAGGACUCCGAGAUCAGCGACGCCUACUGAGCACCCUCGCACGCCACCUGCUGACGGGGGACUCGGACCAGUGUACGUGCGGGGACGGCCCCGGGGGAGGGGUGGUCGCGUGGUGACGUCACGCGUGGAGUGGCGGGGCUUUGAUGCAGACGCGCGCCGAACCUACCGCGCCUUCAUGUCACUCGUCUUGUGUGUGUGUGUGUGUGUGCGCUCGUUGGCUCGGGCUGUUCGUUGAGAGUUACGCAGUGAUCCAUGCGAGGUGAGAUCAGAGUGAAGUGGUUGAGCCUUGCGCAAACGCUGUGCACGAUGGUUUGGCAGUCGUUGAUGUCGUUCCGUCUGGUCUUGCUUUUCCGAA